AACAUGAAAUGAAUGUAUAACUCAUAAACAAUUCCUACUCACGACCUUGAACCGUCGAACGAUGCGGUGAAGCUCAAAACAAUCGGUCUGUCGGGUGGUUAGCACAAAUCACAAUAUAUUUGGAUCUUUCCCCUUAAAUGUUUUUGUGAGAACUCCAGAAAAAGAAAAAAAGAAAGACCCGAGGAGAACUCGGUGAAGUAAGACGGUAAACUGGAGAUUUGGUAUCCUCAAAAUAAUAGUAUCAUAUAUCCAUUUCAGAUAGCGAUCGGAAAAGAACUGUCAGAAUCCCAACUCGGCAAAAGCUCUGCGGUUGUUACUAGAUUGAUGAAAAAGAAGUCUAGUCCAGAUGGAUAAUUUACCAGAUGAAUUACUCUUGGAUAUUUUGGGAAGGAUUAAGAGAACCACUGAUAGGAGUUCUGUAUCCCUAACUUGCAAACACUUCCACAAAUUGGCUAAUGGGCUGAGAACAUCUAUCCGCGUGGGGUGUGGGUUACAUCCUGCCUCUGAUGCAUUAACUGCUCUAUGCAACAGAUUCUGUAACUUGGAGAAAGUGGAAAUUUUCUAUUCUGGUUGGAUGUCCAAGUUAGGGAAGCAGUUGGAUGAUCACGGCCUUCUCAUUCUUUCAAGUCAUUGCCCUUCGCUCAAGGACCUCAUGUUGAGUUAUUGUACUUUCAUUACGGAUGCUGGUCUGAGUUACUUGGCUUCAUGCUCGAAACUUGCAUCCUUGAAGUUGAACUUUGCCCCCAGAAUUACUGGUUGUGGCAUCCUGUCUCUCGUUAUGGGCUGCAAAGGCCUUACUGUGCUUCACCUGAUUCGGUGUCUUAAUGUCAGUAGUAUGGAGUGGCUAGAAUAUCUUGGAAACCAUGAAAUGCUUGAAGAUUUUUGCAUAAAAAAUUGUAGGGUGAUUGGAGAAGGUGAUUUGAUUAAGCUAGGGUCUACUUGGAGAAAGUUGAAGAGACUGCAAUUUGAGGUUGAUGCCAACUAUAGAUACAUGAAGCUUUAUGACCGUUUGGCAGUUGAUCGGUGGCAAAAGCAAUGGAUCCCAUGUGAGAACAUGCUUGAACUUAGCUUAGUGAACUGCGUUAUCAGCCCUGGGAGAGGGCUUGCAUGUGUUAUAGGCAAGUGCAAGAAUUUGGAAAAGAUUCACUUAGACAUGUGUGUUGGGGUGAGGGACUGUGACAUAGUAUGUUUGGCCCAGAAAUCAAGCAACCUUCAAUCAAUCUCUCUCCGGGUUCCAUCAGACUUCUCCCUUCCUCUUCUACAAAACAAUCCGUUGCGGUUAACAGAUGAAAGUCUAAAGGCAGUGGCGCAGAACUGCUCUCUGCUUGAUACGGUUAGGUUGUCUUUCUCUGACGGGGAGUUCCCCUCAUUUUCUUCCUUUACAUUAAAUGGAAUACUAAUGUUAAUACAAAUGUGUCCAAUAAGAGAACUUGCUCUUGACCAUGUGUAUUCUUUUAAUGAUGUUGGAAUGCAAGCUCUUUGUUCGGCACAAUAUCUCCAAAUCCUGGAACUUGUGAGGUGCCAAGAGAUCACAGAUGAGGGCCUGCAGCUUGCUGGCCAAAUUCCUCAAUUGUGUAUAUUAAGGCUGAGGAAGUGUUUGGGAGUAGCUGAUGAUGGGUUAAAGCCUCUUGUCGGAUCUUACAAGUUAGAGUUGUUGGUUGUGGAGGAUUGUCCACAGAUAUCAGAAAGGGGUGUUCAAGGAGCUGCAAAGUCAGUCUCCUUCAAACAAGAUUUGUCAUGGAUGUACUAAGUUUUCCCAUUUGUAAAUAUUUUUCCAGAUGUUGUACAGUUUUGUAGGGGGAAAGGAAAGUGCUUAACAUGGAGGAAGAGAAUGAUGAUAGCCAAUGGAGCUGCUAAAGGUAAGUUUCAGUGCCUCUAUGGCUGAUCAAUUAAAGAUGACAAGACAAUUUUGAUACAUGUUCCCCUUGCUAUCCCACAGAAGCUGCAUAACAGAAUCAAAGCAACUAUUAAUACUUUGUGACAUAAAACCAAGAUGCACGUUGGUGGGAGAAGGAUUUGUAGCCAAGGUCUCAGGAUUCGGAUCUAUAGAAUCAAGUGCUUGGAAAUAUCAUAUGUUAGCACUCAAAUAGAUGGCCAUUUGAGUCUUCCUACUGGCGUAUACAGCUACGGUGUUAUGCAACUGUUGAUUGUUGCUGCUAGAUGAAAAAUAUAGGAAGUUAAUAUUAUCAUUUGGUUGGGCAAGGAGAGUCAAUAUGAAAUAGCAUUCUAUUUCAAUAUGAUCCAUUUCCUCUACCUGCAAAAAUCUUAGUGAUUGAUGUUAUAGGCAUGGAUGCAAAUAUUCCUUUAGGCAUAUGGAGAAAACACACAAAAAUAUUUUCGCCAUCAUGGUUUGCAACCGUACCAUUCAUUGGAAUGCUCAGGAAAUCUGUGUUAAUGCCUAUAACAGCCAUGACAUUUACCAUAGCUGCAUCUGUUCUUGGGACAAGUCAUAGGCUCUAGGGCUGAACGAUAUAGGCUGAAAGCCGUUGCAAGUAAAAAAUUGAUUCUUACCGAAAACUCAACUCCUGCAAACGGUCAACUCGUGGUUAAUGGAGAUAGAGGUGGAAACUGCAGUGAGACUGUUGAUUGGAGCAAAGGUCCUCUGCAGAUUGCUGGUCCCUCUUCAACAACCAGUGUAUUUAUCUGAUGUUUGGUAUCUUUGAUGUUGUAAUGAUAUGUUUCAUGAGGUCGCAUUCGAUCUAUUUGUUCUUUAUAUUUCUUUCUAUCAGCAUACAACAUUCGGCAAUUGAAAAUGAGGGACGGGAUGAGCAUUGUUUCUUGUUUAGGGACAGUUGAUAUAUUCAUGAAAUUUGGGAGAGUAUUUUCUGUAGCAGAAUACGCCAAAAGAGAUUUUCUAUUCAAGCUUUGA